AGUUUUCUUUCGAGAAACAGUUUGUAAAUAUCAGUCCUGCGAUUGGUUUCCAAGACCUCUCCUCCGCCUCCCCCCGGGGCGCCUGCUCUCAUGUUCGUUACCUGGUUACUGCCUAGCGAUGGCGUAGGAAGUACUGUAGUUGUGAGUCGAGCGAGCACUGGCAGUGGCAGACUGAGACGUGUAGGAUACCGAUAAGGAGUUGCAUACAUGCAAUGCAAGUCGAACAUCCCAAGCCAAAAUCGUGGACGACCAUCUCUUUAGAUAAAGUAAACGAGCAGACAUACGCACCUGCGUUGAUUCAAUGACUUUUUACAAUAGCAUAUUACUACCAAGUACAAUUGACUAUAUUGUAUUAGAUUGCACGGCAUUCGUUCUCCGCAUGUAGUCUACUUUUGUAUCGCUGCUUGACAUCUUCUGGAUUGGAGCUUCAACUGUUUCAUGCAAGGAAAAUCAAUGCAGCCCUGAAGUGGAUAAACAUCAUUUGAAGUGGAUAUCGUGGACGUCAUCACCAUACCACCAAGGUCUACAGUAGGCACACAAAAAAGGACGCCAUGGAUUACAACUCCGUCUACCCUUUCAGCAACGCCUACGCCUUGGACAACGGUUCUCUAGUGAGCCUGUCCACCGACCUUCCCCUCUACCUGCCUCUCUUCAACGACACGCUCAACGGCAGCAGCAGUGCCGGCGACUGCAACAGCAACCACAAUGGCAGCAGCGGCGCUUGCCCGCCUCCCCCGUCGCCCGGGGUGCUCAUCCCCCUCAUCUACAUCGUGGUGUGCAUCAUCGGGCUGGGCGGCAACACGCUGGUCAUCCACAUCGUGCUGCACUACUCCAAGACCGAGUCGGUCACCAACAUCUACAUCCUGAACCUGGCCAUCGCCGACGAGCUGUUCAUGCUGGGCCUACCCUUCCUGGCCGUGCAGGGCGCGCUCAACUCCUGGCCCUUCGGCUCGCUCAUGUGCCGCGUGAUGAUGACGGUGGACGCCAUCAACCACUUCACCAGCAUCUUCUGCCUGACGGUGAUGAGCAUCGACCGCUACCUGGCCGUGGUGCACCCCAUACGCUCCUCGCGCUGGCGCCGGCCGCAGGUGGCCAAGGUGGUGAACGCCGUGGUGUGGCUGCUAUCCUUCGCGGUGGUGCUGCCGGUGGUGAUCUUCGCCGGGCUGCUGCGGGGCAACUGCAACAUCAACUGGCCGCAGCCGGAGAGCGCCUGGCGGGCCGGCUUCAUCAUCUUCACCUCCAUCGUGGGCUUCUUCCUGCCACUCCUGGUCAUCAGCCUCUGCUACCUGCUCAUCGUGGUCAAGAUACGCAGCUCCGGCAAGAAGGUGCACGCCACGUCCACUAAGCGCCGCAAGUCGGAGCGCAAGGUGACACGCAUGGUGGUGAUCGUGGUGGCCGUCUUCUUCUUCUGCUGGCUGCCCUUCUAUGCCCUCAACAUCCUCAACCUCAUCAUCCAGCUGCCGCCCGAGCCCAAGGGCCUCUACUACUUCAUGGUGGUGCUGGCCUACACCAACAGCUGUGCCAACCCCAUCAUCUAUGGCUUCAUGUCCGACAACUUCAAGCGGGGCUUCCGGAAGGCACUGUGCCGCUCCUCGCGCCGCGUGGACAACCACGACCCCGGCAACGGCAACGACAACAACGGCCGGCAGCAGGGGCAGGACAGCACCCAGCAGAACACAGACGAAGAUCAGCAACAGCAGCAGCAGCAGCAGCAGCAGCGGCGGCACGUGCUGAUGCCCAGGGAGAGCCUGCGCAGGGCCGUCAGGGGCGGCCUCGCCGACGAAGAGGAGGAGUACGACGACGACGAAGAGCUGACCAACCCCACGGAGAUGACGGAGAUCUGCAACAUCACCCAGAACGGCAACGGCAACGCCAAUGUCAGCCGGCAGCAGGAGGAGAGCUGUUGCGCGCUGCUCUCCGACAAGGUGUCGGCCACCGAGGUGCAGGAGUUUCUGUCCCCGGAAAGGAGGGGGGUGGCGGGGCAGGAUAUUGCCGGGAAAGCCCCAGGCUUCAGGCCUCUGGUGGCGGCUGCGCCAGGCUUACUUAAUGGAGCUAAAAACGGAAGUGUCAAACCACUGCCAGAGGAGCCGGUGGAGAAGAACCCUCUGCUGGAGAUCAGCUAUCUGUAGGCAGAGGCACCAGACUCACGGCGUGUGACUUCUUUUUUCUUUUAAGAUCUUUUUUGUGGUCUUUUUCGAUUUUAUUUGAUAGGACAGUGUAAGAGGUGGACAGGAAGCGAAUUGGGAGAGAGACGGGGAGGGGUCGGCAAAGGACCCGGGCCGGGACAUGGCAGGCAAAUGCCCUACCGGUUGGCCAGCAUGUGACUUCUUAUACUUCAACCUUUAUUCAGAUAGGACGAUGAAGAUGGAGGCAGGUAACGAGUGGGAGAGAAAGAUGGGGAAGAGUUGAGCCAUGACCCUGACUGAACCCUGAACCUCUGAAAUGUAUUUAGUCUUAGUUAUUUGAACUCCUCCUUCUUCAGCAGACUUGGCCCUCAGCAGAUUUUUGACCGCUCAUAUCGCUAGGUAAUCACCAACCAAAAACAGACUGUUUUGAGGUGAGCAGUGUUCAUGUCGAGGUUGGAAGUUACAACCAGACGGAUUUCUGGACUAUCGCAUCCUGUACAUACAACUGUGAACAUUGCGAUUUGACUUCAAAAAUAGUGUGACAGAACUGAGCAACGCACAGAGUACUGAAAACACACAGUGAGGUGUGAGUGUGUGUGUGUAUAGCACAAUGCUUGUGCCUUUAUCUAGUGUUCAGCCACUUACCCAAAGCUGUCACUCCACGUACAUAGGUGGGCAUGUCAGUGUUCUCAGGUACAUUAAAUUAAGACGAGAAGAGAUGUAUUGGUGGUGGUGGUGGGAUUGCAGUGUUAAUCAAGACGAAGUGCUCACACAAUCACAAUCCUUUCUCCCGUUGUGCCACUUUCUACAGAGAGGAAGACGUGUCCAGCUGAAACACGCCAUGGUACACAUGUCUAUCUUAACAAACGCUAGCAAACCAAAACAUCAUGUGUGACAUCAAUGUUUUUUUUAAUGAAUGCUCUACACUACAGUCCCUAAUCCCUACAGAGACUCGUGAAUGCAUUUUUUUGCCAUUUCGUUUUUGCUUCUCGUGGCUGUAGCGGAGGUAAGCACGAGCAGGGAAGCCGACAGGGGGAGACAAUGGGGACAGUAAACCCGGGCCCAGUUACAGAAGGGGCCCGACCAGAAUUGGGUCUUAAUUACAUUGUAUAUAUUGGGUGGGGGGGCCCUUUUAGAUGACUUUGUCCCGGGCCCAGCUAGAGCUGUCAGCAGCCCUGAGCACAAGGCAGGCAGGCAGGCAAUCAACGGAGA